AUAGAGUGCGGAGGCUGCGCGUGCGCACUCCUCGAUCCGAGCAUACAGCGCGCAGACCAGCACACGCACCCGCGCUUCCUCGCAUGACAGAAACGCGCAACUUGUGAUACAAGUGUUACAUUUCAUUGUGUAUUUAUAUUACACAAACAAUUAUAUUUUGUGCUGUUUUGUGUAGAUGUGUUGAAGAUGAACGGUGCAAGUUCUUCAUACAAUAUGUCCUUCGUUGACUCCUACAAAAGGUUUAUGGAGAGGAAUAGCGAUCCUCGAACGGAGAACUGGUGGCUGAUGUCAAGUCCGGGGCCUCUGCUGACCCUGCUGGCUACCUACCUGUACUUCUGCACGUCAGUGGGCCCGCGCUAUAUGAGGGAUAGGAAACCCUUCUCGUUAAAGCAACCCAUCAUAAUCUACAACAUAACACAAAUCCUCAUGAGCAUUUUCCUAGUAUACGAGGGUCUAGUUGCCGGCUGGUGGAAUGACUACAACUUCAAUUGUCAGCCUGUAGAUUAUUCCUACGACCCUAAAGCAUUCAGAAUGGCGGGAGCGGUUUGGUGGUAUUUCUUCGCGAAGAUCGUCGAACUUCUCGACACUGUAUUUUUCGUUCUUAGGAAAAAGAACAGGCAAAUAUCAUUUUUGCAUCUUUACCACCACACCAUGAUGCCUAUUUGCGCUUGGAUCGGAGUUAAAUUCCUGCCAGGUGGUCACGGAACCCUGCUGGGCGUCAUCAACUCCUUCAUCCACGUGAUCAUGUACACAUACUACUUGAUCUCAGGCCUUGGACCUCAGUACCAGAAGUACAUUUGGUGGAAGAAGCACCUCACUAGUCUGCAACUGGUACAGUUUGUGAUCGUGUUCUACCACAACUUCGUGGUGAUGUUCUGCGACUGCAACUACCCUAAGACGAUCAACUUCCUACUGGCGCUCAACGCCGGACUCUUCUUGUACAUGUUCGGUAACUUCUACUACAGAAGCUACAUCAACAUCGACAACAAGAAGACUGACACUCUCACGUCACAAGCAAACAGUAACGGAAUCAUCGUAAACGGCAAAGGUGUCGUAGCUAACGGCAAUGGUUUCAUUCCAAACGGCAAUGGCGUCAUCGCAAACGGCAAGACGAAAGAAUGCUAGCGAAUAAAAAUGCUCAUUAAUUUAAAUAAUUUUAUGUG